UGAAGCUUAGAUCUCCACCUCUCGUUGUUUAUAUUCCACGCCUCUCUGAGCCGCUGUUUAAAUACUUUGUCUUUGCGAAGGAAUAUGAAGAGUAACCUCAACUAAAAAUGAAGAUUGGGAAAGAUUAUUUUCCUCUGCAAAUUUUUACUUACUGCGAUGACUAGAAACACACAGCUUUGACGCACAACUAUGAGGAAUAUUUGUCAUCGUUUGCGAAGAAAAUAUUUGCUUAUAUUUCUUUACUUAAUUGUUCUGUAUUGUAUCAAGGAAUUCAUUUUUACCUUUGCUUUUAAUCCAAUUACUCGAUGGUUUCCAAAUGAAUCUAAAAGUGAAACAGUUUUACAGAGCACACGCCCGCACAUACCACAGAGGAACGCCACAAGGAGGGAGCUAAUACUUCUUCAAAUGAUUUUCAGGCAUGGUCACAGAGCUCCAUUUAACCUGUAUCCGAACGAUAACCAUCCUGAAUCUUUUUGGAAAGAAGGAUUAGGAAUGCUUACUCAGUUAGGAAGACUUCAACAUUAUGCGAUGGGAGAUUACUUAUUGAAGAGAUACAAGUCUUUCAUAACAACUAAUCCCAAAGAAGUGGAGGUGCUGAAUGCUGAUUCCGAUCGUUGCCAGUUUGGUGCAUUUGCAUUUAUAGCUGGUUUGUAUGCGCCGGCGGAAGAAUACCGUUUCACAGACGAAAUUCGGUGGCAGCCAGUUAUCAGCAGACAUUACGUAGAUAAAAGAAAUAGAUAUGUAUUGUCCAGAAGAAAAUGCCCUGUGGCUUCUGAUGAUGAACAUGAGAUGAAAAUGUCUAGAGAAGCGGAUGAUAUAAGAGAAAAAUACAUGCCUUUGUACAACUUUUGGUCUGAGCAUUCUGGACGGAAUAUCAAAGACUGGACACGAGCAGCUGACCUUGCGAAAACUUUGGCUUGUGAAAGAGACUACAACUUGACAAUGCCAGAAUGGGCUCUACGCUAUUGGAGUGAACUGCAACGCCAAGCUGGGUUGUCAUACUAUUGGAACUUCAGGACAAAGCUCAUACACAGAUACCGCAUAGGUCCUUUGUUAAAAUAUAUGCUGAAGAAUAUGGAAGAUAAAAUCCGUGGGUAUACACCUGAGAAACGUGUAUAUGUGUAUUCUACACAUGGGAGUCAUUUAGCAUGUUUGCUGAUGGCGUUAAGGCAGUACAAUAUGAAGGCUCCACCACAUGCGUCCACCAUAGUUCUUGAGUUAUGGAAGGAAAACGAGUCAGAUUACUUCGUCAGGUGGUUGUAUUUCAAUUCCUCAAAUCCUGAAAGACAGAUUCAUCCACCCUUUGUACUGCGUAUCGGCGGUUGCAGUGGCCCAUUCUGUCCUCUCACUCAGUUCAAAUAUUUUAUCAGAGAUUUAUUGCCAGAUGAUUGGCGCAAAGAAUGCAAUGACUUUUCAAUGAAGAAAAGAUUUCCUCAUCCAGUUUAUAUUCCUUCAUCCUCAUCAAAUGGAAAAGAUCUUUCAACUGUCAUUAUUAUUCUAAUACUGAUAUUUAUUUAUGUACUUCAAUAAAAUAUAAAAGCAAUAAAGUAUAAUAUUUUUGGCCCUUGAA